CACGGGUUAUCACUGUUUCUACCGUGUCAGACUAACCUAACAGGGACGGGGCGGCUUCAAUUUGGUUCUCGAACAACACUAUUAUUUACACGAUCAUAAUUUUUUAUCAAUUAUGGCAACACCUAAAGAAGUGCGAGAAUUGAAUAAAGAAAAACAGCAACGAAGAUCUAUGAAACAUGUAUCAAAUCUAAAUUCUGAAAUAAACAAUCCUUGCCUAAAGGAACACAACUUAUCUCAAAAAUGUCUCAGUGAUAACAAUUAUGAUGGAAAUCAGUGUCAACUAUAUUUUCUCAACUACCAAAACUGCACAGGUUUUUGGCAUAAAGUAUCACUAGACCGCAGGAAACAAGGAUUGGAACCAUAUCUACCACUACCUGAAGAUAGAGCAGCAAUAAAGGAAAGCUAUUUGAAAGCUGAUAAAGUUAAGUAACUUUGAUAAUUUUCUUGGUUGGGAAUUGAAUUCUAGAUAAAUACUUCCGUGUUAUAUGAAUACUGGUGUUAUACUGAAAAUAAAUGUAUCUGGUACAUGUU